AAGCGCUUGCGUCAGAAAGUUGCGCACUUGUUCGUAGAAAGGUGAAAGACGUUGCUCUCUCGACUGAUACAGGAUAAUAUAUUGUGACCAUGUUGGUGGCGAGGCUGACAUGCCUGAGGAGUCUCCCUCUCGCCGGGCUCCGUCCUGUACUGUCACAGGGCUCCCCAGCACUGAGAGCACCCAUCCUGAAGGCCUGCCCACCCCUGCUCAGGCCCCAGCAGGGUUUUUCCUCUAAGGCCAGAUUUGGUUUCCGCCGUGCAAGGACAACCAGGGACCAGCUCAAAGAAGCAGCUUUUGAGCCAGCAACAGAUACCGCCAUCAGAAUUGACAGUAUGGGAAGAAUAAUUCUGGCUGGCGGUGCGGCGGUUGGCCUCGGAGCGCUGUGCUACUAUGGACUCGGCAUGUCCAAUGAAAUCGGCGCCAUUGAGAAAGCAGUGAUCUGGCCUCAGUAUGUGAAGGACCGGAUCCACUCCACCUACAUGUACUUUGCAGGCAGUGUUGGACUCACAGCUUUGUCGGCUGUAGCAGUAAGCAGGACUCCGGCACUUAUGGGUCUGAUGAUGAGAGGAUCCUGGCUGGCUAUUGGAGCAACUUUUGCCGCUAUGAUUGGUGCCGGCAUGCUGGUCAGGUCCAUUUCAUAUGAGCACAGCCCAAUGCCCAAACACCUUGCUUGGAUGCUCCAUGCAGGUGUAAUGGGGGCCGUCAUCGCUCCCCUCACUCUCCUGGGCGGACCUCUGAUGAUGAGAGCCGCCUGGUACACAGCAGGCAUCGUGGGAGGUCUGUCCACUGUGGCCAUGUGUGCCCCAAGCGAGAAGUUCCUCAAUAUGGGCGGGCCAUUAGCUGUGGGCUUUGGAGUGGUCUUCGCUUCCUCUAUUGGGUCAAUGUUCCUGCCCCCCACCUCAGCGUUUGGAGCAGGCCUGUACUCCGUGGCCAUCUAUGGUGGUCUGGUCCUGUUCAGCAUGUUCCUCCUCUAUGAUACACAGAAGGUCAUCAAGAGAGCCGAGACGCACCCACUCUAUGGUGUACAGAAAUAUGACCCCAUUAACGCAUGUAUGGGGAUUUACAUGGACACAUUGAACAUCUUCAUGAGACUGGUGAUGAUCCUGUCUGGCGGCGGCAGCGGCAGAAGGAAGUGAACAGCAGCAUCCUGACUCCAGCUUCAGCUUACCCUUCCACAGAGCUUAACAAAAUCAAGUUUUAUGUUUAGCAUCAUAUACCAGGUGUUAUCUCUUAGUGACACGUGUCAUGUAACUGGUAAAUAAACAUGAGUGCUCUGAAAGUGUGCGAAGAGGAGAACUGCACAGAAAAAAUUAAGAGCUCUUACCUUGAUUGUUGAAGCAUCUUUUCUAUCCUGGGAGUUACAGACAGGUUAAAUCUGACUGACAGCACCAGUUCUCCUGCCUCAGAUGUUCUUUGUAUUCUUUAUGUUUUAUAUUUAUUUCCACAUCGUGGUGUUUCUGUUCCCAGUAAGAAUGAGAGUUUGAGAAUAUAUGGUAUAUGCAAGGCCACAUAUUUCAACAGUGCACUGCUCCAGACUCCUAGUCCAGUAAAUGGCUGUUCUUUAUGCACUUGCUUCAUUAUACAGUGCACUUCUGUGAUAGGUUUAAGAGAUUGGCUCUAGUUCUAUAUUUCCAAGAAAAUAUGCAGUCAUUAAAAAAAUGGAAUCAGUUAAUAAACAAGUAAAGUGA